AUGGUUUGGUGGAUCAAUUACUAUCAUGCCUUGGUGUUGGGUCUGAUGCCUGGACUAUAUAACAAAGAUACUCGAAAUUUAAAAUCUCCAAAAAUCUACAUAGCCUACAGUGUUAUAAUACAAUGUGUCUUCAUGCUGCUGACACCAAUGGCCACGCCCUUCAUGGCCAGCAGAGAAGAACAGGAAGACUACUACAUGAAUAGGAAAUUAAUCUUGAGGUGGACCUACCACAUUGGCAAGACGGCACGGAUUCUCGUCAACAUUGUUAUGAGUCUGGAGAUUUGGUUUAAGCGUGGACGGAUGAUACGACUUUAUGAGGACUAUUGGAAAUUUGUUAGGAAAUACCAGCAGUUUUGUGCGUACCACGAUAUGGAGCCGUACAUGGAGCAGGAACUGGCCACUGUGAGGACAAAUACAAUUUACAAAUUUGGCGUUUGUCAUGCCAAUGCCAUUAUAAUGUUCAUUCUCUUCAUUCGAAUGCAAAAGGAGCGUAGCUGGACAUAUAUGCUUAUGAUUCUGGUUAAUCUUCUGCAGAGUCAAUUUUUGCUUCAAGUCAAUGUGACAUUUGAUUUAAUUUUAUUUCGAAUGCAUUUGCAUUUUGUCUUUAUCAACAAGGUCCUCCAACAUACAUCACAGAGGAGUACUCGUGGGGAACUAUUUUGGAGCUAUUGGACCCUGUAUAAUAUGCACUACGAAUGUUAUCAUCUGUCACAGAGAUUCUUGAGGAUAUGGCAGGACAUUACCUUCUUCUGGAUGAUAAAAAUUUUCACCACCAACAUAGCGCUACUCUAUCAUGCGGUACAGUUUACCAAUGGCAGCAUAGAAUCGGAUAAUACCCAAGACCUAAUUGGCACCAUGACCAUUGUAUUAUUCUAUUGGGAUACAACGUUGACAAUGAAAGCCAUCGAUGGUAUUCUCUCGUCCUGCAAUCAAACAAAUGAAGUAUUACGAAUCUAUGCCAAUGAGAAAGGGGAGAGAGGUCACCUCCAUCAGCAGAGUCAAUUCUUAAAAAUGGCAAGUUAA